AUGGCCACCUACACUGUCUGGGUGACCACCGGGCAGGGCCUGGCAGCCAGCACCUGCAGCGCUAUCUCCAUCACCCUGGUGGGAGCUCACGGAGAGACCCCCAAGCACCGGCUGGAUCACGAAGGCAAGGACUUCGCUCCCAGAGCUGUGGACGAAUACCAGGUGCCCAGUGCACAAUGCCUGAGGCCGAUCGUGCUGAUCCGACUGCACAAGGAGCCCUAUUCCUUCUUCCCCUCGGACAGCUGGCUCUGCAACUGCGUCCAGGUGACGUCACCCGAGGGGGACACCUACCGCUUCCCCUGCUACCAAUGGAUCGAGGGGUACCGCACUGUGGAGCUGCGAGAAGGGGCAGAUAGCCAGGUAAUUUGCAUCAACAGAAACAGGAGCCUGCUCACCAGUAUUCAGAUCCUUAACUGCUACCACUUCCAAGCCAAAACCGCGGCUGAGGACGCCCAGCACCCGCUGCUGCUGCAGCACCGGCAAGAGGAGCUGAAGGCGCGGCAGGAAGCCUAUCGCUGGAAGGUAUACAACCCCCAGUGGCCAAGGUGCCUGGACGUGGCGAGCGUGGACGAGCUGGACUUCAACUACAAGUACAGCCAGACCAAGACCACCAUCUUCAUGCUGCGUGCCAUUAAAACGGAGCUGGAGCUGAAGCUGAAGGGUUUCUCCUUAUGCACGGGCUCCUGGGAGAAGCUGGAAGACAUCCGGAAGAUAUUCUGGUGUAACAAGAACCUCACUUCAGAGUACGUCUCCGAGCACUGGCAGGAAGAUUCGUUCUUCGGGUACCAGUUCCUGAACGGGGUCAACCCGGUGGUGAUCCGGAAAUGCACGGUGCUCCCGGAGAACUUCCCCUUGACGGAGGAGAUGGUGGUCGGCUCCCUGGGGGAGGGCACCACCCUGCGGGACGAGCUCAAGAAAGGGAACAUCUUCCUGACGGAUUACAAGAUCCUGGAGGGGAUCCCCACCAUCCAGCUGAACGGGGAACAACAGUACCUGGCCGUGCCUCUCUGCCUGCUGCAUCUGACACCUGGCGGGCAGGUCGUGCCCUUGGCCAUCCAGCUCAGCCAGCACCCGGGCCCCAACAGCCCCAUCUUCCUGCCCAGUGACCCCGAGUGGGACUGGACCCUGGCCAAGAUCUGGGUGCGCCUGGCCAACUUCCAUGUCCAUGAGGUCAACACCCACCUGCUGGAGGCGCAUUUCCUCUGCGAGGUCUAUUGCAUGGCCACACUGCGCCAGCUGCCCAUGUGCCAUCCUGUCUACAAGCUCCUGAUCCCCCACACUAGCUACACCCUGCACAUCAACACCCUGGUCAGGACCAACCUCAUCCAGCCAGGAGGGCUCUUCGACAAGAUGAGAGGUCGGGACGGGAUGCUGAAGCUGCUGGCCAAGAGUGUGGAGAAUGUGAGCUACGAGGUGCUCUGUCUGCCGGACGACCUGGAAGCUCGUGGUGUCAGUUCGCUCCCCAAUUACUACUACCGGAAUGAUGGCAUGAGGAUCUGGAUGGCGGUGGAGAGGUGA